AUGCUAGCGCAGCAAUGCGAUUUUGCCCUCGCCGCCAACCUCGUUAGCGUCGCCGUGGCAAGCGUGCUCAACACCGAGGCUAAAAAUGCCAUUGUUGGCCGUGAUAACCCCUGGCCUGGGUGGGAGAUGCUCGACAACAACAACCGCACCAAGCAGAUCGUGGUAGACGGCGACAACCUGUAUCAAAUCCACAACAACGGCAAUAUCUACCAAUUCACCGGUACCCCCAUGACAGGUUGGAGGCAAUUGGACAACAAUCCUUACUCGGAUAGACUCGUGGCGGCAAACGGCGACCUGUACCAACUUCACUCAACCAACGCCAUCUGGAAAUACACGGGCACACCGUUCACAGGGUGGGAGCUGAUUGGCAAUCAGAAGCUCCCGGCUACUAAACUCGUUGCUACUCGAGGAAUUGUUGCCAAGUCUGACGGCUCACAACGCGUCAAGCAGUAUACUGGCGUCCCUUUGGCGGAGUGGCCCGAGAUUUUCUACGAUGACUAUGGAACGUAUGCAAUCUGCGCGGCUGAUGGCGAACUGUACACAAAUACCCGUGGGGCUGUUUGGAAGUACACUGGAACCCCCGGCAAGUAGCAGUUUAUCUUUAAUCGAGCUGGAGUUGACAAGAUCGCGUGCUAUGGCAAGGAUGUAUACGCUUACACUCUUCGUUCUAACGUCCACAAGUGGACUGGUGUACCUGGGAAGUGGGAUCUGAUAGAUAGUAGUCGCUUGACGACUUCCAUCACUGUUGGUGCGCGAGGAUUUUAUCAGAUUCAGAAGAGCGGUGCCAUCCUUCAAUUUACACCCAAUGGCUGGAAGCAGAUUGACGGGAACCCGGCUUCCAAGGCAAUUGUUGCUAGUAACUUGGUCCACCAAGUUCAUAGCGACGGCAAGAUUUGGAGAUAUCUCAACUAGUGGACAUUUAGCUGCUGGUUGUACG